UCCAUCAUUACGUACUCGAUCAAAUUAAAAUCCAUCACCACAAAACAUCAGUUUUUAAAAAGAAAAAAUGAGGAAUUUGAUUUGCGUGGUGAUAUUGUUGAUGAUGUUGACAACCCCCAUAAAUGGUGACAGAAAAUUCGUUAAAAAAAUAUGCAAGACAACAGAAAAUUACGAGCUGUGCAUGGAGUAUGUAUGGGCAGACCCUCGAGCCCCAGAAGCAGACACGCGGACGCUAGCAAUCAUCAUGAUUGACACCGUGAAAGCCAAGUCAAAGGUAACUGAUAAGUUGAUAAAACGUCUCUUAAAAAGCCAUCCGGAUUUAAAAGUUCCUUUAGAACAAUGCGCCUGGGAUUACGAGGUCGUCAUUCUGAAGACGUUAAUCAAGGUAGCUUAUGAUGGAGUGAUAUUAGGGGAUCCCAAAUUCGCAGAGGAGGCAAUGACCAAAUUGCCUUUCACCACGAUUGGGUGUGAGAAUCAUUUUGCCGGACACAAAUCUCCACUCACUCAUCUUAACAAACUUGUGGGCGAACUCGCUGAUGUGACCAGAGAUGUUAUAAGGAAUUUACUGUAGCUAGCAAGGCAAACCUACAAAUUAAAUAUUACUACCGGCCCUCAGAUCAUCACAUUAUUACUAUAAUCAUUUCCUACAUAUAAUAACAAUAAUGUAUGUUCUGAAUCUCAUUUUUCAUUCAACCUAAUUAAGACUCACCUUUUUUCUU